AUGCCUUCUUCUCGAUCAUUGCUCUAUCUCGUUAUUGCUGUAGUCACUGUUUUCUUGAUCUACACCCAAACCUGCGACACCACUUUGCCAGCGAAAUUGACCACUACUGCUGCUCCAGUUACUCCCGUCGCUACUACCUCAAACACUUCUACCGAAAUGGCUGAUCUCAAAUCCUACAUCGUUACCUUAAAGGAAACCAUCUCCGACGCUGACUACUCAGGCUUACAGGCCAAGAUCAACGAAUUGGGCGGAGAAGUCACCUCCCAGUUCAGUUUGAUCAAGGGUUUUGUUGCUAAGUUGCCUCCUAUCCACACCUCUGCUAUCGAAUCUCACGACUCUGUCUUGACUAUCGAAGAAGAUAAGGAGGUCAAGAUCCAAUCUUAG